AUGGCGUCUAUGACAGAUUUAAUUACGAACAUUCCAGAAAUUGUAGACUUUAAUGAAUUCGGAAGAAUUAAAGAGACAAUUCUGGUGAUAAGUCCACGGAUGUUUGACAGUUAUUUAAAUGAAGCUCAGAACUUAAUAAACAAGAUCGAAAGUCUUGCUAAUAUCGUUAUUAACGAAACUCCUAAGGAGCCGGACGUUGAAGGUGAGGUUGUUCCUGUAAAAUCAUUAAAACUCUGUCUACUUCGAUUCAAAAACAAUAUUAUUACCUUCCGUCGGAAAUAUGUUAAAUUUAUUAGUGACUUUGCAUUCUAUCUGGAAUGUGAACUUUUACUUAAUCAGGAGAAAUUAAUUAAAAAUACUACUUGCCAGCCUGAAAUACAAUCAGAUGUGUUUAUAUAUACUAGGACUUUAGAAGAUUCUAUUUGGAAUUUCAAAUCUGAUUUAGAGAGCCUAAUAAAUUGUUCUUACUCUUUCGAAACUAGUGAAAGAGAAUUGAUUCCCGAAAUAAACCGUUUUCGUCGAAUGAUAAAUAUAUCUCAAAUCAAAGUUGUUACAAAUAGAUUGGGAUAUCUUACUAUCGAUAAUUGA